CCGCCAGGGCGCGAGGUGAGCUGCAAACCCAAGUGCAUUGAUCAAUACGAGAUGCGCUACGUGGCCACGUACCUCCUUCUCUCGCUGCAGACAAGCGACGUGACGCGCGCGGCCAUGGAGCGCGUCUUGGCCGCUGCCAACGUCGACAUCGAUUCCGAUCGCCUCGACCUCUUUUGGGCAGCCAUCCAGGACAAGGACAUCGACGAAGUCCUUGCGCACGGCUGGCAAUACCGCUUAGUACCACCGACCAAGACACGACAAACGCGCUACGUCUGCGACUGUUGCUACGGCUUGACCACCCACAUUGCGCGAUUGCAUGGCGACGCUAGCGACUACUAGACAGUACAUCAUAAUGGAAUAGCAUAGCUCUAUGUCUCGAACGAGCGGACCCUAACCCUCGAGUCG